AUGGCACGUCGUUCUAUAGCAAGUCGUUUUCUACGUAGUAUUGUCUUCGACAACGAUGUCCUUGAUGACCAAUAUGAAGAUGAUUUGCUUGCACGUAUAGAAGCAGCGAAUCUAGCCAAUGAAGGACAACCAUCAAGACGUCGUGGUUCUAUUGAAAGUCGUGUUGUCGUUCCACGCAACAUAGCUCGAGGUGGUCAAAAUCUUUAUGAAGACUAUUUCGCUGAUCCACCUGUAUUUCCUGACCAUUUAUUUCGGAGGAGGUUCCGAAUGAGUCGCAACAUUGUUCUUCGACUUAAAAACGCGGUGGAAAAUUAUGAUCCUUACUUUAUUCAACGAAGGAAUGCCGCUGGACUUCUCGGUUUAUCAUCCCUUCAAAAGAUUACAGCCGCACUAAAGAUGCUUGCUUAUGGCAAUGCCGCUGAUAACUUGGAUGAAUAUGUGAGGAUUGGAGAAAGCACUGCUUUAGAGAGUUUGAAAAGAUUUGUCAAGGCAAUUGUUGCAACCUUUGGUGAUGAGUACUUGAGAUCGCCAAACACCAAUGACAUCACAAGAUUGCUUGCAAUUGGGGAUCAACGACACUUUCCUGGGAUGUUGGGGAGCAUUGAUUGCAUGCAUUGGAGAUGGAAAAAUUGUCUAUCUGCUUGGCAAGGUAUGUAUUAUGGUCACUUCCAUGAACCAACAAUUAUUUUAGAAGCUGUGGCUUCAUAUGAUCUUUGGAUAUGGCAUGCCUUUUUUGGGUUACCAGGAUCCCAUAAUGAUAUUAAUGUCUUAGACCGAUCUUCCGUUUUCAAUGAACUGGCUGAAGGUCGCGCUCCUCCAAUCAACUAUUCAAUUAAUGGUAACGAUUGUACCAUGGGAUAUUAUCUUGCUGAUGGUAUAUAUCCAACAUGGUCAACAUUUGUAAAAACAAUCCCUGCACCACAAGGAAAUAAGAAGAAAUACUUUGCUGCAGCUCAAGAGUCAGUUAGAAAAGACGUCGAACGUGCAUUUGGGGUGCUUCAAUCACGUUUUGCUAUUGUGCGAGGAGCAGCUCGUCUAUGGGACCAAAACACAUUGAAAGACAUUAUGACUGCAUGCAUAAUAAUGCAUAAUAUGGUUAUUGAGGAGGAGCAACAUGAUAAGAGAUAUUGUCAUCAAAUCCAUAACUUUGAUAGAAGGGGGGAAAUACCAAAUAUAGAACCUACACGUGAGUGUUCACUAGGACUAACGCAAUUCAUUCAAAGCCAUAUUCGCAUCAGAGACAAACAAACUCAUUCUAGGCUCCAAGCAGAUCUUGUCGAGCACAUGUGGCAACAACAUGGAGGAGAAUAA